AUGGUCUUUGGACAGCCUAGCGAAAAGAGCUACGCCAGCAUAAGAAACGCCACCUCGUCUAGUCUCUCGGAAUUUACUAUGUGCCUUUUUGUCAAAAUGAAGGAUACAAAGUCGAUUAGUCGCCAGUGCCUCUACAGUUAUGCGACUGUUGGAGCACUUGAUGGGAAUGCCUUCUACGUUUGUCUGUUUGGCCCAGGAAUUAGGAUCGCCAUAGCCUCGGGAGAGUAAGUGAUAUGACAAACACGAUAGAUAAAGUCUGUACUGGAGUCAAAUGGCCCAUCCAGCCAAACCGUAUCCCGGUUUUCUUAAAAUAUAGCGACUCGUAGGAGUAUUAAUACUUCCCCCUGGAUUGGAUGCUAAUGCAAUUUCAGCAUUUCAUUCGGUUUCCCCGACAAUGUGCCGUAAUACUCCUGGGUGGAGUGAAGCACUGUGAGAAUAACGUCUGUCACCCAAGAACACAGCACAAUAACACAAUAGAAUAGGAUAGAAGAGAAGUUAAAAUAUACCGGAAUGAAUGGAGAAUUACGCGCGAUAAAGAGACGCGAAGAUGAAUUUUUUUAGGGUCCUUUGCUCAGCUUCAAAAACAUGAUAUGCCUGUUCCCGCAAUGGGCUAAAGUGCUUCCAGCGGAGUAUUAUCGAGGCUUCUGAUGGUGUUUGGCGUUGUUAACAAUCACGUUCUCUUGUUUUUGCUCCCAAGCGACUUUAAAUAAAUAAUAAAAUGUGUCUAGUGAUUAAAUCAUUGUUAGUGAAAAAAUUAAAAGCUAUAGCGUUUUGGAGAUCGAGUGCAUGGGGUCUUCCUCUUUUCGAAUGAAAUAAAUAGCAAUGGAAUUUAAAAAAGUUAAGUGACAUUCAAAUAUCUUAAUUUAUCUCCCAUUCCAGGAGCUCACACGACAUUGUUAACAUACAUUCCAAUUCUAUAUGUAGCACUAUAUGUAUAUAUAUACAUGCAUAUAUCUUGAUGCUACAAUUGGACCGCAGUCAGUCAAGAAACGAGAGUUUCUAACAUAGUUUUAAUUGUUUAUGUUAAUUUUCUUAGUGAAAAAGACACCAGAAACAAAAUUAAAGAUACCAUGUGGCAUCACCUUUGUGUUACCUGGGAAAACACUGAAGGCUUCUGGCAGUUUUAUAUGGAUGGACAACUUCAAAGCAAUGGAAUAGACCUGAAGAAAAAUCAUCAGAUACCAGCCGGCGGAACAGUUGUCAUUGGACAAGAUCAAGAUAGCGUUGGAGGGGGCUUUGAAAGCAAACAGAGCUUUGGGCCGGGUGAGGUAACAGAAGUCAAUCUUUGGAGCAGAGUCCUUUCAGGGGAUGAAAUUGCAACUCAGAAGGCAUACUGUGACAUUGCACAAGCAGGCCUUGUUCUCUGGUGGGGACAAUUUAAAGGAAACGUUACUGGUGUGAAAAUAGUCGAGCCUUAA